ACUGUCAAAAGACGCAGUUUCUUCUUUGUUGUGUGCUUGCGUUCAUUCGUUGGCUGUGAAAAAAUUCACAAACGUGAGUUGCGUGAAACCGGCCGUAUUUAACGAGAAAAUUGAUUUUGUUUUAUUAAUUGUUACUUCAAAGCAUUUCCUGUUUAUCGACAACUGUUUACGCAACAAUGUUUCUUCGCCGUGCGUCUUCCGUGCUGAUGGUGCGACCCUCAGCUUGUCCCGGAAAGGCCCUUCUCUCGACGGCCACCGCACCACAACCGACCAAGUUGGACGAUUUCCGCACCGGAGAAACCAAUCCCGCUCUGCAUAACAAAAGUCACCUGUCGCGGUUCUACACCGUUCCGGCGGACGUCCGCAAGCAAAUUUUCUCCCACGGAGGCUUUCCCAAGACUUUUCAGAAACAGAUUAAAACCUUCAACGAAAGCUGCCUGAUGGUGCGGGAACCGGCUGUGGAGUUGAUCGAUUACAUGAACCGAGCUGACUACAGCAGACCGGCCAAUCGUUUCGUUCUGUACGGGAAGGACGGUGUUGGCAAAUCGAUCGUGUUGGCCCACCUUCUGCACUACGGCUACAGCCAGGAGUUUCUGCUGGUUCACGUUCCGUGGGUGGCCAACUGGAUGAAACGAGUUCGGGAAACUGCCAUUUCAACCACACACGAGGGCUGUUUGGAUCUGCCACUGGACGGAGCUGCUUGGUUAAUUCACUUCAAGCACCAGAACGGUAAACUGCUGAGCAAACUGGACCUGAAGGUAAGCCGGGAUUACGUGUGGACCAAGCGAGAAACGACUCCGGCAGGGGCACCGAUUUUGGAACUAAUCGACCACGGUAUCAAUCGGGCAAAAUUCUCCUGCGAUGCAAUUGCUGCUCUUUUGCGGGAACUCAAAGAGCAGUCGACACAAGGCAAGGCCAAAACGAUGGUCGUUAUCGACGGAUACAAUGCUUUUUUCCAUCCGCAAACGAGGAUUAUGACGGAGAACAAGGUUCGUGUUACGCCCGAUAAGGUGACUCUGACGAAGCCCUUUUUGGACAUCACAAGCCAUGAUUGGUGCAACGGGGUUUGCAUUUUGGCGGUUGAUAGGAUGGCGCUGACCGAAGAGCGAAUGGAUUCUGAGCUUCCGCUGUAUUUGUUGAGGAGGGAAGGCUUUGAGCACUUGGAUCCGUUCGUUCCGAUUCGCGUGGACAACUACUCGGAGGAGGAGUAUUACAGCUGCGUGCAGUACUAUCUGGAUCGGAAGUGGAUUCAGUCAACCGAGCAAGGAUUCGAUAAGGAGUUGGAGUUUCUGAGCGGGCGAAACCCGUUCAAGUUUAUGGAGCUUUGUGCGAGUUUGUAGAUCUCGCCGGCGGUAACAUAAUAAAGUACAUGAGUUUUUGAACUA